AUGAGUCCCGUUACAGCGACUGCCCAUGCCAUGCCGUCCACCUCAUCAGCGUCUCUCGUGUCGCCCCAACAAAACGUCGGACAAAUCACUACGCACACCGACGGGCCAGUCAACGCAGCGACAGCAGCGCAAACAAGCACCAGGGAGGGGAAGGCAAGGAGAGUGGAAGCACGCCCCCCUGCUCGCCCACCGUCCAAUCUGCGUCGUCCACGAAAGCAGGCACGCCAUGCCAACGCAUCACAGGGCCCCAAUCGGCCCCUCUUGGCCAACCCAGCGAGCUUCAACCAGCCUCAACCCACACCGUCUGCUACACCACAUCCCUCUCCAAUCUCCAUCAACAACUCCCGUCUCCAGGGGGGGCCAAUAGUCGACUACCAAAUUGAGUCCUUCCUGCCACUCGUCUCCUGCACCAGCUUUCGAGACAAGGUCGGCAGACCGUUCCCCGAAUGCCACCCGAAUUCCACACCGCAAAACGGUCAGGUCGUCUACCCGCGCGCCGGAUGGGUUGCAUUCCAUCUGCACUCGCUGCAUCGUGUACAACUCGCUCGUACCCAUUCAGCGCCGCACGAAAACCUUCACGAUCUUGUGUUCAUCCGCUACCAGCAAGUAGCCGCCGUCGUUUCCCCGUACGAGGUGCCAACUACAACGGCUGGCCUAUUCGGUCUUGAUGCUCCGGAUAGUACAUCCUGCAACCCUUCGAAAGAUUGUUGCGUUGGAAUCUACAUCGGCUUGCCUAGUUCAAGUUCACACACUUCGCACACGAGGUACACCUCGACAACAUGUAUGGGAGCACUCAUUCCAAACAUCAGGCACUUUGUGCCAUCCACAAUGACCAGAGCGGGAUUUUGGGCCUUUGAAAUGGCCUCUACCGCGCAGCUGGGUAGAUCCAGCCACUGUGCGCCGCCAGGCUGGUAUCACGUUGAUCCUGUACCACUGCCGCCUGCCAACCCCUCGAUGGCACCAACGAUGAUACCAAAAUACCUCUCCAUCCCGGUUCUGGCCGCCCACAGAUCGCUCAUCCCCAUGCACGUCAGAUUCGCAAGUCAACCACUCUUGUUCGUCUCAACCUCAGACCCCCAUUCGCUCCGCUAACCCCAUGUCCAUCUUGCAUCCACUCCCGCCUCCCGCCCGCCUAUUGAGCCCCAGCCAUCAUCGGUCCCUGCGACUCAUGCGCUGCAUCUCCGCUGCCCUUCAGCUUGUUUUUCGUCCUUCCGUUACGGCUGGUGAGGCCAGGCUGGUUUCUUCUGCGAUAAUCUGUGCGUAUGAUGCCUUCGAACUGAGCCUAGCAGAGUUGGAGGACAACAAACGGUGAGUACUUGGCCCGAAGAGAUCCGGCUGGACGGAUAAUACGAUGUAGUCCUUGUGUGGGAGCAACCAGUUAUUUGCUCAGACCAGGUUGUAUCAACACGUGCUAGAUAUCACGCUCGGAAAACUGUUCAGCCAGCGCGCUGGUGACAACAAACACGUUGGACCCGUCAGCCAACGCUUGACCUUUGGGUCCUUUGAGGCAAUCCUGCCGGAUUCCCAUUAAUGCCGUCUGCUAAUGGGCCACUGGGAUUAG